GCAUCGAGAGAGAGAGAGAGAGAGAGAGGAACCCAAAGCAUCAUUACUCCAUCAACACCUCGCAGAGACAGUGGAGAGCCGUGAGCACCUGUGUGCGCCAGAGUUGCAGCAUGUUUCCCGCUUCGCAUCUUCUUCACGUGGCUUUCGCUUAAUGCGCUGAACAUUUCUGGAGGACAUUUCUUUUCCAGCUCAUGUGAGAUCUCACCUCUCUCUGGAAUGAUGGGGACCUUACAUGACAGUAUUGGAUUUGUGCUCUUUUCCUGUUUGUCCAUUCAAGUUGGAUUUUCUCUUGAUGGAAUGUUUACCGAUUUCCCUACUAACAUCACUGCAAAGGAAGGGCAGAACAUUGAAAUGGCAUGUGCCUUUCAAAGUGGGAUGUCCUCGGUUUACUUAGAGAUCCAGUGGUGGUUUACUCGAGCUCCGGAGGAACUGAUUACGAGCGAGGAGGAUGAGGAUGAUACUGAGAUGGAGCUGAUUCCAGAUCCAGAUCCUGACGAAGAAGGGACUAAAAUAAGUACAGCCAAGGUCCAAGGCAAUGACAUCUCCCACAAUCUGCAGAUCUCUCGGGUGAGCAAGAACGACGAGGGUCUGUACGAAUGUCGUGUCACAGAUGCUAACUAUGGAGAGCUGAAGGAGUACAAAGCUCAAGCCUACCUGAAAGUCAAUGCCACCAUCCGCCCUCGCAACAGGGCCAUUAAGAAGAGCUCUCCGCUGCACCUGACCGAUAAGAAACCCCGCAAGAGCAGCUCGGCUAUCGGGCAGGACACCAAUGGUAUGAGUUCAGACCAGAAGUCCCAGUCCACUUCUACUUCGCAGACGUCACACUCCAAAACAGUGGAGCACAGCACAGGGUCAGGUACGAGAAUAUCCACGAGUAAUGGACUCGCUAUUCUGCUCCUCACGUCCGGCUUCAUGAGUGGAGCGUGGCUAUAGUUUCAAGACAAUGUCUCUUUUUUCCCAGAAUCACUUUUAUUUCGGAGCCAAGAGAAAAUUGCCUGCUAUUUGGACGGAGCGGACAGCACAGUCGUCCCUCAACACUGCACCCAACAUAGUCUAAUGAUCAUCACCAGAAGCACCUUAGUUUCUAAAGCCUAGGAGAAGGAAACUGCCACAAUGGACACGUGCUUCACGCUCCAAAUCAAACUCGGGACAGAACGAACGGACACAGACUCUUAUGGGGUCUUUCACCCCAUAUAUAUAUAUAUAUAUAUAU